UCAACCUGGCAAGCCAAUUUAAUCGCAGUCUGGCUACCACUGUACGGUACUAGAGAGUUAAGCGAUAAACCCCUUCAAAAAAUCACCGAACUAGAAGUGUUCAUAAAAAACAUUUGGAAAUAUAACGUUAGUUAAAUAUUCCAGUUAUCUGGAUAGUGUGUUUAUGUGAUCUGAUUUUAUCGUCUUUCUGUGAAGUAAUCGUGGGUGACAAACUCAACCGUGGGACUGCAGGAAGAGUAGGACAGGUGAGGGAGAUGUCACAUUACUCAUCUUCGCGAGGCUCUUCCCGGAACACCGAUUGCAAGGUGUACGUCGGUGAUUUGGGCAACGGUGCCGCCAAAGGUGAACUGGAGAGGGCAUUCAGCUACUACGGUCCUCUGCGCAGCGUAUGGGUGGCUAGGAACCCACCCGGGUUCGCCUUCGUGGAGUACGAGGAUGCGCGAGAUGCGGAGGACGCGGUGAAGGGGAUGGAUGGAAAGGUGAUGUGUGGCUCUCGAAUCCGUGUGGAGCUCUCUACAGGCAUGUCCAGAAAGAGUCGCCAUGGCCGUCCCAGCCGGCGGCAUUUUGACCCCAACGACAGAUGUUACCAGUGUGGCGACAGGGGCCACUAUGCCUAUGACUGCUACCGUUUCAACAAGAGAGGAGGGGGUCGGCGCAGCAGGUCACGCUCUCGUUCCCAUUCUCGUUCCCGGUCCAGAUCUCAUGGUCGCCGAUACCGUUCCCGCAGCCGUAGCAACGGACGCAGCCGGCAUCGCUCUCCCUCAUACUCCAAGCGCAGGAGCAGGUCUGGUUCCCCUACUCGCUCCAAGUCCAGGAGCCCUGUGAGAAGUCACUCCAGGUCUCGCUCCAGGUCAGCUCCCCGGGCCAGAGGGCGCCCUGCCUCGCGCUCUCGUUCCCCCUCCCCCAGUCGCAAGAGGACCAGCGAGUGGAUGAGCCCAGGGUCAGCCUGGUGGUGUGUGCGUCCAGCCGGAGGGUGACCACAGCUGGCCAGACACCCGCCCAGUCAGCCUGGCCUUCCCCUCCACUGCGGGGGGUUUAGAGAGAGGUCGACCUUCCGUCCGACCGGCUACAGAUCCGACUGACAGACGCACCCACCCACCCUGCCUGCACACACACAGUUGUUCCAAAGCACGCGUCCCUCCCAGAGUCAGCCAGAAUCAGCCAGCGGCAGAUGAGAACACCGCUGAGCUCCGUUCAGACGACCAGUUAAACCCCCUACUACAGUCCCUACCUACCUACCUACCUGCCUGAGGGCUUAGCUUCUGAGAGGGAGACGAGAGAUCAGACUUCAAGACCCUCCGAGUGUGUCUUCCAGUUCUAGCAUCCGUCGCUUCUCUGUUCAUGUUGUAUCUGCCACUGUCUCCAAAGGUAACCAAACCUAAAACAACAACAAGUUGAAAUUAUGUCAUUUGAUUUGGUCAAAACACAUGGGACUUGCCUAGUUUGUCUGAUACUGUCCCUAACUUUACUUUACAGACACACACUAACUCUAAACCACUGUUGGGCAUGCACAGUAAGGUUUUGUGUGUAUGUGCGUGUAUGUUUGUGUGUGAUGAGAGAAAGUUGGUGUGAAUUUCAAAUGACACCUAAUUUGGUUCAAUUCCACAUUUUAUUGACACUACUGUCUAAUCCCAUGUGAUACUGGUAUCAUAACCGUAGUAAUAACUCAAUUUACAGUAACUACUACUUCUAAAAGACAGGCGAUAUCUCAGUGGUGGCUUUGUACAUACAAUAUUUGCUUAACAUGGUCACGGUGGCCUAGAUUGGGCCACGAUGGUAGGUUUACAUUGGAGAGUAAGUCAAAUGUCUACACUGUGGUGAUAUUAAGUUAACAAUGCAGGGGUCAUUGGGUUUCUGUACAGGCUUGGACUUGUGUGUCAAAGACAAGCUGAUUCGUUUCAUCAUUGAUAUGGUUGUAGGGUCUAAGGAGGGAUUAUUGGUUAGGGGUGUUGUGUUUGAGUUAUUGAAGGUCCUCUGCUCUUGCCCUAGUCUGGAAGGCCUUGGCCUCUAUGUUGUUUUGAUUUGGUCAUUUAGACUCCUCAUGGACUCUCAACAGACUGCCCUCCAUUUCCUUGAUCUCAGGGACUUCUGCCAUACAAUGGGGGUCACCCUCUGAUGUUUAAGGUUACAGGACCUUUAUCACACAUGUUCACAUAAGCACUGUCAGGCCUUAGACAAGGCAGCCCCCCAGCCAUUUUGUGUUCUACUAGUUGCACUGACACUUGUUUCUGGUGCGCUGGAGAGAUGAAGGACUUUGGCCUUCAAAUGACCUGGGUACGACUGCUUUGCCAUCGGAUACCAAGCCUCCUGGUCCAGGGAAAUGGGCUGUGGUAGGUCUGAGAGCCAUGUGAGACAGGCAGGCCAGCAAGCAGGAUUGGUGUUGGGUUGGGUUACAUACAGGGGUCAGCUGGUCAUAGUUGUGAGAAAGUUGUCAGGCCCUCUCUUACCCGGCACUCACCCUCCUGUCUGGUGUGUUACAGUCGUUCCAGAUCAGCCAGCCCGAAGAGGAGCCAGACCCCGGGAAACUGAACCAGGAAGAAAGCCCCCAUCCAUAAAACAAUCUGUUAUUACAGCCCAGCAGCUUGUCAAGGAUUUCUUUCUUGAUGUUUUGCAUAUUUGUGUUUGAAUAGCUGUCAGUGAUUUGUUUCCUCUUAGUACCUCAGAGUAACACCUGCGUCUGAACCGCCCCAAACAUGCAUUUUAAGUACCCCGACCUGCAUGCCUUACCUGAUGAUUACGAUGUCACAUUCCUAGUGCGUAUGUUUCCCAUGUCUACGUCUACUGCUCUUUUUAAUUACUCAAAUCAUUUCUAGCAAAUCAUUUUCAUGAUUUAUUGGAUUUCUUUGGAAACGAUCUCUGUUUGUAUUUGAUCUAGAUUCAGAGUGAGAUUAAGUUAUAGUGCUGUACUGGGCUGUGUUGUUCUUUUCAGUUAAAGCUGUUCCAGUUUGCAAGCAGUAGCAGUUUAUUUUGAAAUAAACCUGUACACAG